AUGCAGAUGCUGCAGUCACGUUCGGUGUCAGCCAUUUGGCGCUUGAGGCUUCCUGCCGCAGCCACCGCCGCUCGGCAGGCUACGAGCGGGCGGCUGCCACAGGAUGGCCUCACGCUGGCGGAUUUCAUGCCGCCAAGCGGCACCGCCUCUCUCCAAGGCAGCUCAGUGAAACGAGCGCCAGCGGUCCGAAAGCCGCCCUGGCUGAAGAUGGUGAACCCCAACCUCACGCCAGAGGGGGGCCAGAGGUACAAGGAUGUCCGAGCCACGAUCAAGGAGACAGGACUGGCGACAGUCUGUCAAGAAGCGCGAUGUCCCAAUGCGGGCGAGUGCUGGUCGGGAGGGACUGCCACCGUCAUGAUCAUGGGCGACACCUGCACGCGCGGCUGUCGCUUUUGCUCGGUGGCCACUUCUCGGACGCCACCACCUCCAGAUCCGGAUGAGCCGGAGAAGGUCGCCGAGGCUGUGACCCGAUGGAAGGUCGACUACAUCGUGCUGACCAUGGUCGACCGCGAUGACCUUCCAGACCAGGGGGCGGCUCACGUGGCAAAGACCGUCCGGGAGUUGAAGAUUAGGCAGCCGGAGCUGCGAGUCGAGACCCUGAUCGGAGACUUCCAGGGCAAGAUGGAGCUCGUGGAACAGGUCCUUGCCAGCGGCAUGGACGUUUUCGCGCACAACGUGGAGACGGUUGAGCGCCUGCAGUCCACGGUGCGAGAUCGGAGGGCCGGCUAUGCUCAGACCAUGGCGGUGCUGAAGCACGCCAAGCAGGCGAGACCCGACAUCGUCACCAAGUCCUCUGUCAUGUUGGGACUGGGCGAAACAGAUGACGAGAUCCAGAAGACCCUCGAAGAUCUUCGCGAUGCUGGGGUCGAGAUGGUGACCUUUGGACAGUAUCUUCAGCCCACUAAGAGGCACAUGAAGGUCACGCGCUACGUGACACCCGAGGAGUUCGACAACUGGAAAGUAGCUGGCGAAGCUCUAGGGCUGCACGUGGCUUCUGGCCCACUUGUCCGGUCGUCCUACCGUGCCGGAGAGUUCUUCAAGAGCAUUUACAAGGGUCGGCUUGCCAGAGGGGUGACAAAGCCGCUGGAGCUUCGUCCCGGCGAAUCACUCGUGCGUCAACAAGCGACCCUGUGA